AAUAUAUUUCUUGUUUUCUUGCUUAUUUCCAGUUCUUAUUUAACGUCCAAUUGAAUCACAGAACUUAAAAACGUGAAAUAAUCCUGUUCGAAUUGAAACUGUUCAAUAUGAUCACUGUAUUUUAAUGCUCAUCCAACCUUUUUAACCUAAAUCAAGAGUUUAAUAAAUUCAAUCAAUAACCAGUUUAUAACGCUAUCACCUGUAAAUUAUUUAUCUUACACCACAACGAGUUUCAACUUCAAGGUAUUUCAUUCAAUAAUCACAAAGUGAACUGCUGAAUAGAUUCAAUGUGUAUCAAGAUGUCCUUCAAAUGAUUGUGUAAAGAUUCAAAAAUGAAAUACAGAUAAUCCACUCAAUUGUAAACAUGUUGCUUUUCAAUACUCUAGAAGUCUCACUGCCAUUGUUGACCACAUUUCUUGUGCUGCUGAGUUGCUGGCUAUUUGUCCAUUUGGCAAAAUUAAUUCGAAGAUAUAAUCAACUGCCACCUGGACCAUGGGGAUUACCAAUUUUUGGAUACUUUCCAUUUUUAAAGCAAAACAGGAAUUUACAGUUUGACCAGCUUUCUAAAAAGUAUGGACCCGUUUUCAGCAUGCGAUUGGGUUCAAAGGAUGUUGUCGUCAUUAAUGAUUGGCAUCACAUGAAAGAAGCGUUUGCUAAUAACUCAUUACUUGCUCGACCCAAUCAACUACUCUUGUUACCAGGUAUUGUCCAAGUGCGUUCAAUAGUGGAAAUGUCUGGUUAUCCUUGGCGUGAACACAGGCGACUAUCAUUGCGUGUACUUCGUGAUGUUGGUUUAGGCAAAAGUCGAGUUGAAAAGCUGAUUAUGGAAGAAAUAGAACAAUUUUGUGGCGAACUUGAAAAAGGUCCAUUUGAUGAUUUCAUUACUAAAUUGUUACCAAGUGUUUCCAAUAAUAUUGCCAACUUAUUGCUUGGCCAUUGCUUCAAAUACAAUGAUCCGAUCAAAAUCAGUCUGGACAACAGUGUCAAUCAAAUUUCUAAAGCAUUCCAGUUUAUCGGUAUGCAAGUAUUUUUACCCUGGCUGAUCAAACCACUCAUUGCUCUGAAAAAAACAAAUCUCAAUAUUUUAAAGGAAUACAUCGCCAUCAUGGACAAUUAUGUACAAUCAGAACUUGAAAUGCACAAAGCUAAUUUUGAGCAAGGAAAAAUUGAUGAUUACAUUGAUGGCUAUCUGAAUGAGCUCAGUAAACGAUCCGGUGAAUCCGAUAUAUUCAAUAGUGAUAUAUUGAAGCGAAAUGUAAUUGACUUUUUUCGUGCUGGCACCGGGACUGUUUUAGCAACCUUAUCAUGGGCCAUCUUAUAUUUGGUCAAAUAUCCUGAUUAUCAAGAUAAAAUUCGGUCAGAAAUACAUGAAGUCAUUGGAGUAAACAAUAAACCUGAUUAUUCUUAUCGUACUCGCAUGCCAGUGACAAUGUCUUUUAUCGCUGAAGUAAGCCGUUUAGGCUCUGUGGUUGGAUCAAGUGUAAUUAGGAGAGCUUCACAAGACACCAAAAUUGGUAAAUAUACGAUUCCAGAAGACACUAUUGUUAUAUUCAACUUUUGGUCAAUUCAUCGAGAUCCACGAUUAUGGACUAAUCCUGAUGAGUUUAAUCCAAGCCGCUUUCUAACUCAAGAUGGUAAAGUUGAAAAACCAUCUUACUUGAUCCCUUUCAGCGGUGGUAAAAGGAUCUGUCCGGGUGAAGGAUUUGCCAAUGUCGAGUUGUUUUUGUAUAUUGUUUGUAUGGUCCAGCGUUAUAAGAUAAAAACCACAUCCGAGGAAGAAAUAUCAUUAGAAGGAGAUUUUAGCACCGUUCGUCGACCAAGCAAUAUGCCAAGAUUGAUGUUUGAAAAAAUUAAGAUUAAUCAAUAACCCAAAACUAUUUUGAUUUUAAUAAACAUUUGAUCUUUGACUCAA